AACAAACGCGCGGCAGUUGGUAACCCAAACAGUCCCUUCACGUUGCAGAAGGAAGUUUGUUUGGUUUUAUGCGAAGGGUGUCGUUCUUCGUAGCUUUUAUUUCCAUUGUUAUGUUGUCGCCACUGGCCUGACUUGGCAUAAUGCAAACUAACACCAGAAAGCUUCAUUCAGUUCAACCUCGACCUGGUGGUCCAUCAAAACAAGUCUGUAAAGUUCCCACCAGAAGGGUUCCUUAUAGAGUAGGAUACAGCUGGAACAGAGGAGGAAGGCUCAAGGAACUCAGGAUAAGGCACUUGGCAAGGAAGUUCCUGAAGAUUUGGAUUCACAGAACCUUUGGCCGUGUUCUUCCUCAUAAAGCAAAGUCCCACUAUAACAGCGUGGUCUUGAGACGAGCCUUCGAAGGAUGGAAAGAUGAGUGGUGGACGUCCAGGAGGGAGUGGACUCUUAUCAUGCGAGCAGAGUGUCACUAUAGGUAUUAUCUGUAUAACUUGGUGUUCCAUCAUUGGCGGAUAUUUGUGUCACUGCAGAGGACAGAGAAGAGCAAACUCCAAAAUGCUCAAUUAUUUGCUGACAGGCAGCGGAUGCGUCUGGUUUUGCACAGAUUGGAGGUCUACACGGGCAUGAAACGCAUAAAGAAGAAGAUGCUUGACUCUGCCCUUGAGCUGAACAGACUCACAACUCUGCAUUCAGCCUGGAGAUUGUGGCAGGUUAGGCUACAGCAGCAUGAAGACCUGUAUGCUUUAGAGGACCGAGCCUUAAAACAGAGGGAGCUAACCAUACAGCGCAGGGCCUGGCUUCAGUGGAAAGAUAUCCACACAACAGCUCUUUGUCAGAAAGAAAAGGAAUCAAAAGCUGCACUGCACUUCAUGCUCAGCCUGAAAAGAAAAUCGCUGUAUCGCUGGAAAUGUUACAUCUCUAUUAUCCAAACUAAGAAAGAGUCACAAGCUGUGAUUCGACGUGCUUGCCGUCUUCGUCUGUUAAUGAUGUCUUGGAGCAGAUGGAAAAGCGCGCUGCAUCUCAAAAAGAGCGAGGAGGACAGGCUGCAAGCUGCAGGGCGGUUGGCCAUACAGAUCACCCAGCGCAGUGCACUGAGGCGCUGGAGAGCUUAUGUGGUGCUGUGCAGAGAAAAGGCUGAAAAAGACAGGAUUGCAUGUCAACAUCACAAGCAUUAUCUUCUGCUGGCUGGUUUUCAGGGACUUGGUCUUAAUGUCAUCAGGAACAAAACACAUCGACUGAACAACAACAUGGCUGUCCAACAAUAUCAUCAAACUUUGACAAUAACAUACUGGAAGCAGUGGCAGGACCGCCUGGAGGAGGCUGAAGACAAAAGUUAUCAACCCCUUGCAGAAAUGGCACUGACUAAACACAGCAAAUCUCUUGUGAGCAGCUGUUUUCAGCGCUGGAGAGAAAAACUUGCUGAUCAGAGACGCAUGCAGGAAUUGGAGCAUUGUGCAGACAUUUGGUUCGCUGAACGCAUGUUGCCUCGAUGUUUCAACUCGUGGGUUGAGUUUACUCGGCAGAGAAGACUCGAUAAACAGAGACGACACAAGGCACAAGUCUUUAAUCAGCAGCGUCAGUACACAUGGGUGUUCUACUCCUGGUGGGGACGAUCAGAGCAGCACAAGGAGCAGAUGCUUUCUGAGCGGAUGGCAAUCCUACAGGAGGAGCGGAGCCUGCUGCUGAGAGCCUGGAGAUACUGGAGGAAGCGUACAGAGCAGCGGCUCAUUGAGGAGGGGAAACAGGAAACUUCAGAGCAUCUCUACAGACACACACUGCUUCACAAGACGAUGACAGAGUGGAAGAUCAACAGCACAGGGAUACGGGACAGGCGAAAUCUGGAACAGCAGGCUUGUCUUCAAGGUGACCUGCGCUGCAUGAGGUGGGCUGUGGAAAAAUGGAAAAAGUUUGUUCAUAGCCAGCGGGUGAAAAAAAGCAGACUGCAGCAGAUGCAGCGUCACCAUGAAGUGAAACUCCUCGAAAACACAUAUGUGGCUUGGAAGAAGUACACCCUACAGAUGUCUCAGCUCUGUGGUCAUGCAGAGGAACUAUACCAUCAACAAAAUGAAAACUUUUGCAGGAAGGUUCUGUGUGUUUGGAGGGAGAACACUGUGUUGAUGGCAGAGGUCAGGCUCAUGGAGCACAGAGCACAGAAUCACUUUGAACAUCUCCUUCAGCUAAAGGUGUUUCUUGCCUGGAGAAAAGCUACAGCAUGUGCAGUUUCAAAGCGUCUCCAGCAGAGGGAGGCAGUUAGCCGGGCUCAGAGGUCUUUAAACGAAGUGCGACUGCUGCGGUCUCUCAGACAGUGGAGGAAGCAGACUAGGGCGGCUCGGAGGGAGAGGAUCUGUAUGGAAAAAGCCAGGCGGCACCAUGAGUCCAAACUUCUCUCUAAAGCUAUGAAAGCAUGGAAUAAGCAUCACUGCCAGUGGCUUCAAAAUAAGGUUAUGAAACGACAGGGGGUUUUGUUGCUGAGGUUGAAGAUGUACCUGACAUACUUUGAACAGUGGAGAGUGAAGCUGCGUCACAGACACAGAGAAGCACAGCAGACUGAGCGAGCGCUCUGGCACUGGUCCCUCUCUCUCCAGGCCAAGAUGUUGUGUGGAUGGAGGCUAUGGGUCACAGAGCAGCGCAGGAAACAAGAGCAGGUGGCCACAGCUGCCAAGGUCUACAGAGACCAGCUGCUGAGAGAGGGUGUGACAUGCAUCCUCACAUAUGCUUCUCAUAUGAACGAUCUCACAACAGGCCUCAUGCAACCAUGCCAAGAUCAUAGGUCGAAACAUCUCCAGAGAGUGGUGAAGCGUUGUGCUCUGAGGUGGAAGCAGCGAGCUCUGAGUAAACCACAGAGGGGAAAACAGGUCAGAGAUCAGCUGCCUAAAAAGAGUGUUACCUUCUGGUUGCCUGGGUCAAAGAGUGUUUCCCUGACUCACUCAGUGGAGCAGGAAGCUGAGGAAGGAGAGCUGAGAAAGCUUCUUCUCAGCCGUACACACCGACGUCAGCCCCGUCGCUGCGAAGACCUGUUCACAUCUCCAGUGAAGACAAACCAUCAGAAGCAUUCUGUUGCAGUUUCAAAACCCUCACAGCUCAGUCCAGAGGAGCAGAGUCUGACAGCGUCGUCCUGCCUACAUCAUGCCAAAGUCCCAGUCACCUCCACACAUCAGAGCAUCAGCAUAUCUAAUGUGCCAACCUCUAUAACACAGGUUUCAACUAAGAACUGUUCUCAGGCAAACCAAGACGUUCUUUUACCCCCCUCUGCUUUCAUGACCACUGGGACCGACAACACGUUUGGGAAAACAAAUAGUGCAGGUGUUGUCCCUACGUUUUAUAAACUCUCAUCAGUUUUACCAGCAGUCAGUGGAGAAAGUCUCGAAGAGGCAUCUAAAGAUUCAACUGCAGCUCUGACCAGAGAACUCCUCAGCAUCAAGCUGGACAUGAAUACAUACCAACAGGACAGGAAGCAGCUCAGGGCUUGGCAAAAACUGACAGAGGUGUUACGAAGUUGGCUGCAGACCAGUGGAAAGGACGAACAAAUGGAAAAGACUGCUGUUUGUGAAGAGCUGAAGGAAUUGGAGGAGCGCAUCUACAGUCUCUCCACUGACUUGGGAAAACGGAAACCAACGAUGCAGCUUCAUGCACAGAGGAUCCAACAUUUACAGACUGUCCUUCAGGCUUCAGGAGUUCCUCUUCUCUACCAGAAAGCAGAGGACGUACUGCGUUUACAGCAUGACGGGGAAUAGUGCUUUUUCAUGCUGUUGCUCAUGAGCUUUUAUUUUCCUUCUGGUAAUACCAAAAAAAAACAUACUCAAGAAUUGUGAAGAAAAAUUUUAACCAGCUGUAACAUACUGUAGCAUAUAUAUUUUUUUUGCUUGCUUAUUUGUCAGAUUGCACUUUUGGAACUCUUCUGCAUCCAAAAUAUGGAGGAAAAAAAUGAUUUGUUUAAUUCCAUAAAAAGUUAUUUCUUCAUGUUGUUUUUGAUGUUGAACCUGACUGAGCCUGUCCAGAAAGAUAAAAUAAAAACAUCCUUACAGCA